CGCACCGAGAGUUGCACGUCUCGUCCCACGCAAUUUUCCAAUUACGACAACACGAAAAUUGCACGCCGAUGGACAAUUUCCAAAUUGUGGACUUUACUUCUUUAAGCGAAGAAGUCAAAAAAUUAAUACGAGAAGCGGUAGAGAUACGAACCCGAGCGUAUUGCCCGUACUCAAACUUCGCUGUUGGAGCCGCAAUACUAACAGAAGAGGACUCUAAAGUAUACACAGGGUUUAACAUUGAAAACUCUACGUUGACGCCAAGCAUAUGCGCCGAAAGAGCGGCCGUGCCGAGAGCCGUUUGUGACGGUUAUUUAAAAUUCAAAAUGGUCGCCGUCGCAGCUCAUCAAAAUGACUCGUACACAGCGCCCUGCGGUGUAUGCAGGCAAACAUUAAGCGAGUUCUGCGGUUCGGAUGGCGACAUAGAAAUAUACCUUAGCAAACCAACGAUGGACAAAGUUUUGUGCACGAAGCUGUCGAAUUUACUACCGUUAUCCUUUGUCAGUUAUAAAAAAGACAGUGUUAUAAAUAAUUGUAAAUAAUAGUAAUUAAACACUGGAAAAUACAGGCGUAAGCAGACGUUGCUUUGCGAAAGUCAACGUAUGAUAUAUUUACAAUGAAAAUUAAGCUUAAUUUGCUAUACCUAAAUCGCGUAAAUCUAACAAAUCUACACAAUAUUUUAAAAUAGUAUAAAACAAAGUCGGUCCCGUUAUUUGUACGCUUAGAUCUUUUUAACUUGGGAACGCAUUUUAAUGCAGUUUUCAGUAUUACAUAGAAAGAUUCAAGAAUCCUCAUUCAGCCAUUAUUGUAUGCAGUGCAUUGUGUCCAAACAGUGUGACAGUGACGCCCCGCGCUCGUCUCACUUUACACCCGCAAAAUGUUGCUAGCUCACAAACUUUUUGCCAUUUUCACAUUUUAUGGUGAACGCUUAAAACAUAGUUAAAAUAAUAACUGUCAUCUGCUAGGUGGCUAACCGUUGUGAAACCAUUCUAAAAUGGAGUGGUUUUUGAUGCUUUAAUAUUAGUUGUGUACACGGUUAAUGUAUUUUCUUAAUUCUGUGCCUAAAGGUGCCUCCUCAUAAUUCUUCUUUCUUCCACAAGUCCUUCAUUAUUCAGGCUAUGGGCCUUUGGAAUGCCUUUGGCUAUAAGAUUGAUCUUUGAUACUUGUGAACGAACACUUUUUGUCUAAAUCGUCUGAUGACCUUUGUUAGUUCGAUACUCCCUUCUUCUCCGUAUGCAUUCUUAUUUUGUGUUUGAGUAUAAUCAUUA